AUGGCAGCCCCAAAGAAAGCAGUUGUGGGGCCGUUGGUGGGGGCAGUGGUCCAGGGGACUAACUCUUCUCGCUUUCUGGUCUUCAAUUCAAAAACAGCGGAACUACUUUGUCGCCAUCAAGUGGAAUUAACACAAGAGUUCCCAAAGGAAGGAUGGGUGGAACAAGACCCUAAGGAAAUUCUUCAGUCUGUAUAUGAGUGUAUAGAGAAAACGUGUGAGAAACUUGGUGAGCUGAAUAUUAAUAUAUCCAACAUAAAAGCUAUUGGUGUCAGCAAUCAGAGGGAAACCACUGUAAUCUGGGACAAGGUAACUGGAGAGCCGCUCUACAAUGCUGUGGUCUGGCUUGAUCUAAGAACCCAGUCUACCGUUGAGAAUCUUAGUAAAAAAAUUCCUGGAAAUAAUAACUUUGUCAAGUCCAAGACGGGCCUUCCACUUAGCACUUACUUCAGUGCAGUAAAACUUCGUUGGAUUCUUGACAACGUGAGAAAAGUUCAAAAGGCUGUUGAAGAAGGGAGAGCUCUUUUUGGUACCGUUGAUUCAUGGCUUAUCUGGAGUUUGACAGGAGGAGUUAAUGGAGGUGUCCAUUGUACAGAUGUAACAAAUGCAAGUAGAACAAUGCUUUUCAACAUCCAUUCUUUGGAGUGGGAUAAAGAGCUCUGUGACUUUUUUGAAAUUCCAAUGGAUAUUCUUCCGAAAGUCUGGAGUUCUUCUGAGAUCUAUGGCCUCAUGAAAGCUGGGGCUUUGGAAGGUGUGCCAAUAUCUGGGUGUUUGGGGGACCAGUCCGCUGCAUUAGUAGGACAAAUGUGCUUCCAGGAAGGACAAGCCAAAAACACGUAUGGAACAGGUUGUUUCUUACUAUGUAAUACAGGUCGUAAGUGCGUAUUUUCUGAACAUGGCCUUCUGACCACAGUGGCUUACAAACUAGGCAGAGAUAAGCCAGUAUGUUACGCAUUGGAAGGUUCUGUUGCUAUAGCAGGUGCUGUUGUUCGCUGGCUAAGAGACAAUCUUGGAAUUAUAGAGACCACAGAAGAAAUUGAAAAACUUGCUAAAGAAGUAGGUACUUCUUAUGGCUGCUACUUCAUCCCAGCUUUUUCAGGGUUAUAUGCACCUUAUUGGGAUCCCAGUGCAAGAGGGCUAAUCUGUGGUCUCACUCAGUUUACCAAUAAAUGUCAUAUUGCUUUUGCCGCAUUAGAAGCUGUUUGUUUCCAAACCCGAGAGAUUUUGGAUGCCAUGAACCGUGACUGUGGAAUUCCACUCAGUCAUUUGCAGGUGGAUGGAGGACUGACCAACAACAAAGUUCUUAUGCAACUACAAGCAGACAUUCUGCAUAUUCCAGUAAUAAAGUCCUGUAUGUCUGAAACAACUGCACUGGGAGCUGCCAUGGCAGCAGGAGCUGCAGAAGGAGUGGGCGUUUGGAGUCUUGAACCCGAAGAUUUGUCAACCAUCACAAUAGAACGGUUUGAACCACAGAUCCAGGCCACAGAAAGUAAUACUCGUUAUUCUACAUGGAAGAAAGCUGUGAGGAAGUCAAUGGGUUGGGCUACAACUCAGUCUUCUGAAAAUGGUGAUGCUAAUAUUUUCUCUAGUCUGCCCUUGGGCUUUUUUGUAGUGAGUAGCAUGAUAAUGUUAAUUGGAGCAAGAUACAUCUCAGGUGUACCAUAA